AUGUCUUCUCAGAAAAACAGUGAUGACUCUCGAAUGACCGAUGAUGAUCAACAACAUGAAGGAGCAACAACACCAAGUACUCCAUCAGGAAGCAGAAAAAGUAUAGAUCCUCAAAAACUCACGGUGAGAGAAUUGAAAAGUAUUCUUAAAGAUUACGUUGAAUUACCACCCGAACAACAAAAGAAGGCUUACUAUGUUGAUUUGUACAACAAGUAUGUUGUAAAUGCUAAUAGCGAGGCCACAACUCCAUCUUCAUCAUCGGAUAAGAAACGUAAAUCUGAUGCUGUUGAAAAUGUUGCCUCUGAUAAUGAAAACGAAGAAGAGAGUGAGGAACCAGAGCAGAAAAAAGUUAAGCCAACACCACAGUCUCCACAAAACGAGUUUCAACAAGCGAGUCAAUCAAAAUCACCAGCUGCUACCAGUAGCGAGGUUACUUCAAAUGUUGAAGUUAAUGUGAGAAAAGCUAAAUCAUUGACUUCCUCCGACCUUCCUCAACAAAAACCAAGCAAUGAGGAAACACCAAUCAUGAAUGCAGCUAAUAGAAGAAAAACUGUUGGAACUGCAGCCUCUUCAACAGGCCGCUCUACUCAACAAAUGAUCUACAGAAAGAAAACCACUAGUGAAAUUAAUCCAAAGUUGUUCCAAACAACUCCAAUGUCGAGCAGAAUUUCUGUAUCGUCUCCUUUUGUUCACGACAAUGCAGAGGGAGUUGAUCCAAGACCAAGUGAAGUGGAAAGUAGCUCAUCAGGGAGACAAAUCCUGCUCAGUACUUUCAUGCUACUUGUUUGGGCUGUACUAUUCUUUUGUGUUUAUUUAUUCUUCUUUGGACAAAGAGAUCCGCACUUGCCUUAUGGAGGUGUCUAUUGCAAUUCUGAAGACGGUCUUCUCAGAUUGAAGCCUGAAGAAGGGUGUUUGCCUUGUCCUGAUUUUGGCUAUUGUCUUGGAGGAAGACUGAUCAAGUGUGAUGAGGGAUAUAUCAUGAAAAAUGCUGUUUGUGUGAAGGACGAAAGAAUUCCACUUGCUAGUAUUCAAUUUAUUAAUGAUCUUCAAGCAGAAUUGUCAAGUUUGGCUGGAAAAUAUGAAUGUGGAGAGGCAAAACAAAAGACAAAGUUGUUGGAUGAUGUCAAAAAAUCUCUUGCCACAAAGCCAUAUGCUGUAGGAUUAGACGAAAAUUUGGUGAUGGCACAAGUUGCCCAACUCAUCAAGAGCUCUCCUGAAAACUUCCAGCUUGUAAUUUCUGAAGAACCAGUUGACAAUACAGACGAAAAAGCCUCAAUAAUUUUCUCAACCAACUCAUCACUUCCAUUCCAAUGUCGAGUGACAAAAACAGUAUUGGAAAAUAAGGGAGUUAUUGGUACCAUAGUGAUUUUGGCUAUUUUUGUCAUCAUUGGCAAUGUAAUUAAGAAGAGAAUCGAUAAGGAAAGAGUUGAUUUUGAAGACCUAGUUAGAAUUGCAUUGACAAGAAUUAAGGAAAGAUCUGAAAUCGUUGUUGAACAUUUGAGAGACGAAUUAAAGGAAGACUAUGGUGACCAAAUUAAUGUAGACAAAUUGUGGCCAAAAGUAGAAGACUUCCUUAGUCAGGACACUCGUAUCAGAGAGACUCCAGUCCAACAAGGUAGAGCUUAUUCUUGGAAUGUGGUGGAAAACCAAUCUACACCAAGAGCCACAACACCAUCAGAGUAA